CGAGCGCGUUUGACACAUUUAUUCGUGAAAAUUUCAAGUGAUCGGAUUCGAAAUGUACGGAAGUCAAAUGAUGCGCGUUCCGAGUUAACGUGAAAGAAGUGAUCGCAUUUGCCGACAGAUAACGCCACCAGUUGUACGCGCCGUCGUUAUUGCGGUACAAGCCCUCGUUAGAGAAUAACGGAUUUGUGCAGUCGGAAAAAAAAACGGGACAAAGAAAGUGAUAUAUGGAUACGGAUGAAAUCAAAUUAACGAGGUCAAUUAGGUAGAUCAGGAAGCAUCGACGUCGUUCAUUCCUGAGGAAUGGUUCAGAGAUUGGGACACGCGCUACGAUGAGGAGGAGGCGUUCUUCAUCAAGAGACGGCGGCUUACUCACGGAACGCCGCGCACACGCCGAGCUCGGACUCGGCGCUGCAUCGUCGCCAGAACACGGUGCACUCGCGUCGCACCGGCCGCAUGGACCUCAUUCUACGGUGACGACGACGGUGGUAUGGUGAUGGUGGUGGUAGUGAUGACGCCGUGGGUAUAAAGAUCAACCGCGAAGAUCUUCAAAUUAAGAAACAAUCUGCUGCGAAAGAGAUAAGCUACAACUGCAAGGACAUUACGAUUAAAUUCUUAACAGUGCUCAAACAAAAGCAAACAUGUCGUUGAAAUUGGCGGACGAUCAGCGAUUUGCAUUAAUGAAGUUCCGACGGUCCGUGCAAGAUGUCCUACAACCGCACCACGACGACCACUUUCUGCUUCGCUGGUUGAGAGCAAGAAAAUGGGAUCCUACCGCGGCGGAAAAAAUGCUGAGGGACUCGUUAAAAUGGCGGAAACAAUGGGAUAAUUUGGAUAACUGGGAAAUUCCCGAAGUAAUGAAAACUUACCUGCCUCACGGACUAAGCGGAUUCGACAAAGAUGGAGCACCAGUUGUCAUAGUACCUUUUGCCGGUUUGGACAUGUACGGAACAUUACAUGUAGUAACACAGAAGGAUUUCGUUAAAACGUUGAUAAAAUGGUUAGACUAUUAUUUGAACUUAGCAAGGGAGCAAGCGAAAACGCAUGGGCAAAUCGCCAAUCAAGUGACUGUUGUCUUUGACAUGGAAGGAUUUAAUAUUAAGCCGUAUUUGUGGAAACCAGCUGGCGAGCUGAUCAUCACUUGCAUCCAAAUGUACGAGGCAAACUAUCCGGAAAUUCUAAAGAUGUGCUUUAUGAUCAACGCCCCAAGAGUUUUUGCUUUUGCUUUCUCCGUUGUUAAAAGAUUCAUGGACGACUAUACAUUGUCGAAAAUACAAAUCUACAAAAGCGAACCGUUGAAGUGGCAAGAAGCAAUUCUUCAACUCGUGCCGGAGGAUCAACUACCCGCCCAUUAUGGUGGAUCAUUAAGAGAUCCAGAUGGCAAUCCGAAAUACACUACAAAAGUCUGCCAAGGUGGUAAGAUACCUAAAGAAUUGUACACUAACCAUAAUAUGGACAAUAAGCCAAGCGAGGAUUAUACUACCGUCGUCGUUCGAAAAGGAGGGAAGUUAGAAUUCGAUAUUUCUGCACCUGAAGUGGGUUCCAUCUUAAGUUGGGAAUUCCGAAGCGAAGGUCACGACAUCAAAUUUGGGAUUUUGAAAAAAGACACAACUAACGGCACAAAGACAGAAGUUAUACCUAUCCGGAGAGUCGCGUCCCACCAAUCGGAAGAAAUUGGAGUAUUAACUUGCGAAACUCCGACGACUUAUUCCGUUGUUUUCGACAAUACCUACAGUAUGCUGAGGAAUAAGAAGGUUCAUUAUUCUGUACGCGUAUUACCACCGGCGAGAGAAGUGGCGUCAAUGAUGUAAUAUAAAAUUAAUCUUUUUAGAAAAUUUGGAUUAACAGUUGAUGACUCUUGAUAUUUUAUAUUUGUAACAGGUCAAGCUAAAAUUUCGACAGAAUGUCACGUUAAGAAAUGUAAUUGUAAUAAAUUUGAGGUAAACUCUUUGUAAUUUAUAUAGAUUUAAUCACAGUAUUUUGAUUGUUUGAUUGUUUGAUAGAUUUGACAUUUCCUCGUUUGCCGUUUUCUUUCCUUAUUUCUUUAUUGCUCAAAAGAUUAUGUGGAUUAUUAUAAUAAUAAUUAUGCGUAGAAAUGCACAAAAAAUAAUCCUAUUAGUAUAUAUCCUAUUGGUUAAAUUGUAGUUUAUUUGUAGUUGUGAUAUCUCUUUUCGAAACAUGGUAACGGAAGGGGGAAUGAUGAUUAUAAAAAAGAAUAGGUAAUAUAUGUAUAAUACAAUUGUAUACGAAAAUAUAUGUAGUUUACGUAUACGCUUAUAAAUCAAGAUAUACAAUAUACUUUUUGUGAAAAA